AUGUUCUCCUUCAUCUUCAUGAACAACAACAUCAUCAACACCAUCAUCAACACCAUCACCAUGCCACUUGCGUUGACUCUGAUUGUCAUGCUCGUCGCCGCCAUGCCUGUCAUUGCUCAGCAGCUCAUCAGUCGAGUUGCAGUUGCACCAGCAGUCCACAGUGUCAUCGCCACCCAAACCACCACCAUUGUUGCAGGCGUCCGAGCCAUCUUCGGAUCCAUUUCCAUUGCUGCAGUCGGUCGAACCGUUUCCGAUGCUAUUGGAGGGAUCACCAACAUAAUCAAGAGCUUUAUUGGCAACGCCACCGUUCUCAACAGCCAAAUCUUUGCUCUUCCAACCAGCGAAACCUAUCUACAGCUCAUUGUCCGAGCUCCACGCGAUCUGGUCCUUAUGGCCACACGAGCCAUCAUUGUCAGAGCCACACGAGCCAUCGUCGUGAGAGCAACACGAUCCUUGGUACUCUUUGCUGCACGAGAAUUGGUGCUCAGAGUUUCUACCUGUACCGACCUGGUCAUUCUUGGCUCAAGCGACUUGGUUCCCUUUGGUCCGCAAGACUUGAUCAUCAAAGUUUGUGCAGAAGCCUUGGCCCAUUGCAUCACACCUGUCUUUGCAUUUGUGGGCCAAGAAGUCCUCAAUCUUCCCAUGAACCAAACCUUCAGCUCUGAGGGAAACAUG